UCUAUACGUCCCACUCGACCCACCUCAAAGCGCCCACAGUUUACGUUGAGAGAGACGGAUGUUCCCACAUCCAAAGGGACAACAACAGGACGUAGCAACUUUCGUCGUCAGCCUGCCAGUGGAAGUACAUCUUUGAGGCGUACAGCUACAAGUACAGGAACUUCAAAUAAUCGAAGACUUAAAAAUUAUGGAAACUUUGGAAAUAAUAAAAAAACUUUUGACAAUGGCCGAUUAUCUAUAAAUACUUCCCGUUCCCGUAAUACCAACUCGAAUAACGCAUUGAGCAGAGGAAGAGGAGGGAGUCGAGGUCGUAAUCGUAAUGACUAUUCCCCAGAUCUACCAGCCAUUAAUCAGGAAACUCAACCAAUAACAGUUACUCAUUUUCUACCUGCCGAAGUAAUGAUACCAGUAAUCAAUGGACACGUCACCGAGUAUAAAAAUAUAGUUACUGCUAAAACCAGCACCGAAAUUGUUGGACAAAAUCAAGUAACACAAUUUGCAGGGCCGAAUGGAUUGACUUCGUUAUAUUUAAAUCGUGAAGAAACGAGUGUAAACAAUGCUGGAACUACAGAGCAUACAAAGUUUUUGCUACAUGAAUCCAUAACAAGUACGAUUAUAUUUACACCAACAACUAUUCGUGGCAGAAAGACUUCAUUUUCGCACAUUUUACCAUCCACUGCGUAUUCGGUUGAGUAUCUAGUAACGACUGUCCAGCCACAAAUCUCGGCAAAUGCUCCUCUUGCUAAUAUAUUAUUAUCCCAAUUACUUUUGGGUAACCUUAACCUUCCAGGUCAUCCCAUAAUACAACAUCCAAGUGCCCUUCCAGCUAUAGUACCGACUUCUGUUGAACCCGUUACCGAAUAUCGAACUCACACCUCCACAUAUGUAACCACGAUUUUUGAUGGAAAAUCUACUAUACUUCCAGUGACGUUUCAAGGCAAAAAGAUAUUAACAACGGUCUAUGAUACAACAGCGGAGGUAAUAACAGCAACGGAAUAUAGCGUAGAUACUAUAGUUAAUACUGCUCCAGUGAUUCAGAGUCAAAUUCAACAACAGUCUGUUCAGCAAGUAAAUAAUUUAUUAUUGCAGCAACUACUUUUACAACAACAACAGCAGGAAGCUCAAGCCAUAUCUAAGACUUUGUCGCCACAGGUAUUCCUAAGUAAUAAUUUACAGGACUUAGAGGAUGCUACGCGAUCUAUAAAUGAAGAUUUUUCUGAUUUGUUAAUCAAAACGGAAGCCGAGCAGCCGACGAAAAGUCCGCGAAAAAAGUCUAGAAAGUCGGGAGGAGGUCACAAUAGACGCCAUAAACAAAAUCAAAACAUGGAGAUUAUAGAACAACUGGAACCGGACCAACAAAGCAUUGUAACUUUAUAUAUAUCCGGACGUAGACCCGGGGAAUUUAGCACUGUUUUAUCGACUGUAAAUGGCUAUGAUCACUCGGCUUCAUUGCACAAAAGACAAGCAUAUUUAAGCAGUCAUGUAACAAAUGCGAAUCAAUUUCAACCAGAAAAUACUCUAUUAUCAAGGGAUCGCAAAGAGAUAAUCCCAAACGAAGAAGAUUCAACUGAAUUAAGCCGAAGAACAACAUCAUUAGAAAGCAUUGUGGGAGAUGUUGAUCGUUGGCUAUCACAAUCGACACGACAGUCAAUGCUACCAGAAAAAAAAACCAUUAUAAAUCUUGGUUUAAUAAAUAAUAAAAGCAAAACAAUUUCUUAA